AUGACAUCACAAUCUGAUUCGAAACAACUGCCACUUCCUCAUUCACCUGCAUCAAUGACACUACCACAAAUCCCGUCUCCUAUCCACACCGAACAACCAAAACUAAUCAACGAGAUGACUCUAUCACCAGGAUCCGAAUCUCCAGUAAACUUAAGAGGAGGUGGACGUCAUAAUCGACAUCAUCAUUCUCAUACAGGAAGAAAUACUGCAAUUAAAGGAUGA